CAUAGAUAGACAACACUUCAUUUUAGACUAUUUAUAAAUUUAUAUUAUAUUAUUCAUCAUUGUGAACAUGUGUAUGAUGCAUAUUUUGAUAGAACAAAGCUAAAAGUUAUUGAAAUUAAGCGACCUCUGUAUCAUGAAUGUAAAUGGUUCUGAAACAGCAGUUGAUUCAAGUUUUGAGUUGUCUGACAGUACUUGCCAUGGGGACAAUGAUCAUCAACACCAUUCCAGUGCGAAACUUUCAAGUGGUAUUUUAUCACCAGUUCAAAUGAAUGGUUUGGAUCAAAACAAAAACGCUGAAAAUGAAUCAAAAAUUCACAAUGCAGAGAGCGACCAAAGUAAACAAGAAUCACUACCAGAAAACGAUACAACACUUGCCAGACCAUGUUUAUCCGGAGUUGAAAACCAAAUACGGACUGAUUUUAGCGAUACAACGUCAGACAGUGUUUCAAGCCAGCUUAAUGAAGAUAUUAGUCUAAGUAAUUCAAAAUCCUUAGCUGAUAGUCAGUUUCAGACAGCAAGCGAUAGCAACUUUGUUUCUUCGAGCAGCAACAAUUUACCCGAAUCGAGCAUUUUUUCGAAUUCUGAAGAAAACGGAAUCAAACCAAACACAAUAAAUGCAGAAGAAAUAAAACAACAAAGUAAUAACAUUACGUCUUUUGAGAAUCAAAAUUCGGAAAAAUUAACAUUCGAAAUGGUGAAACGAAAGAAACAAUCCGAAUCAUUUGUCAUCGAAUUUCCUCAAAAAGCAGGAAACUUUCCGAAAAAGAAAAUAAGUUCCAAUAACUUACAAGACGGUUUUCAAAAAUUUCAGCAAAUGAAAAUAGAUCAACUAAAACAACAGAGAAAAUUGAGAAAAGCUCAAGAGAAACGGAAGCAAAAAGAACGAGCGAUGCCGCACAAUAUGUGGAAUCUUCGGAUGCGUUUUCUGAUGGAGUUGAAAAAGUAUCUCGGAGUUCCGUAUGCGAAGAGGUAUUUCAAACCGGGCGAGCCAGAGUUCGAAUCAAAAAUAUUUUUGGACUGCUGUGGGCUAGUUAGGAGGGCUCUGUGGAAUUUACAGUUUUUGUUCGGGUUUAGAAUUGGUCCUUGGAACCAGGCCUACAUGUUUGACACACUACCAAUUGACAUACAGGACGAAAAAGACAUGAAGCCUGGAGAUUUAGUGUUCAUUUCUGGGACUUACAACGAAGGCGUCAAGUUCAAAAACUCACCUCACAACAUGAAACACAUCGAAGUGUGGCUUGGUAAAGGUCAAAAAGUCAUAGGAUCCCGGUGGCAACGGGGAACCGUCAGCAUUUUCGAUUCCUACAAGUUCGAAUCGAAGUCUUACAGCAACAUGGUUUAUUAUUUUAAGUCAAUCGACACUUGGUUAAAAGGCAUCUGCAAGAGUCAUUGUGAACAACACCCUUGGAAAUCAAAGCGACCCAUAAUGUUCUCAGAGAAAUCGGUCUUUGCAAAGAAAGCAAGAGCUCGUAAAAACAAAACUUCUGCAGAACCAGAUGAGAGGAAAUCCAAAACGAACACGAAGGAAAACAAAUCAUCUAAAAAGUCAUCAACACGUGCCAGAAAAAGGUCUGCGGCCACUAAAACAAAAAGCAAAAAUAAACUUUCAGAUGACCCUGAAACUGUUGCUUCUGAAGAAUUUGUGACUGAUUUUGGUGACCUUGAAAUCGAGGGCCAACAAGAAGCAGAAGAGGAAGAUGUUUCGGAUAUUGAUGAAAACGAAUUGAAUAACGAGGAGCUGCUUGAAUGCGACGAUGAUGACGGCGCGGAUAUUGAGGGCGCCGAUGAUUGUUUGAAUGACGGGAUGGGCGAGGAUGAUGAUGACGACGAUGAAGUCUCGUCGUUGGAGGGCGACCAAGAAUCACAAGCUGAGGAGCUAAACCAAGAUGAAGAUUUGGAGAGUAGUAGCAGUCAGGAGCAACAAAGUGAAUCGACUGAAGAUAUAAAAGCAACAGAUGAAAAUGCGUUACUAACUAACCCAUUUGAUGAUAUUUGAGUAUGGAUAUUUGCUAAAAUUCAAAUUUUUCAGGACAAAAA